UGCUUGGAUAUUCCUUGCUUCCUUCUCAGAUCCGGGAGCUGGUUCCUGAGUCCCAGGCCUACAUGGAUCUCUUGGCCUUUGAACGCAAACUAGACCAGACCAUUAUGCGGAAGCGCGUGGAUAUCCAGGAAGCGCUGAAGAGGCCAAUGAAGCAAAAGAGGAAACUGAGACUCUACAUCUCCAACACAUUUAACCCUGCAAAAUCGGACGCUGAUGACUCCGACGGCAGCAUUGCGUCAUGGGAGCUGCGCGUGGAGGGGAAGCUCCUGGAUGAUCUCAGCAAACAGAAACGGAAGUUUUCAUCUUUUUUUAAGAGUUUGGUUAUUGAACUGGACAAAGAUCUUUAUGGACCUGACAACCAUCUUGUGGAGUGGCACAGAACUCCCACAACGCAGGAGACAGAUGGCUUCCAGGUGAAGAGACCUGGGGACGUCAGUGUGCGAUGCACAUUGCUCCUCAUGUUGGACUACCAGCCCCCCCAGUUCAAACUGGACCCGCGGCUGGCCCGUCUGCUGGGGAUCCACACGCAGACACGCUCGGCCAUCAUCCAGGCUCUCUGGCAGUACAUCAAGACAAACAAGCUGCAAGACUCACAUGAUAAAGAAUAUAUUAACUGCGACAAGUACUUCCAGCAGAUCUUUGACUGUCCACGGCUAAAGUUUUCUGAAAUUCCUCAGAGACUCACUAACCUACUGCUGCCACCAGACCCAAUAGUGAUAAACCACAUCAUCAGUGUUGAUCCCAACGAUCAGAAGAAGACGGCAUGUUAUGACAUAGAUGUAGAAGUUGAAGACCCAUUAAAGGGCCAGAUGAGUAGUUUUCUUCUCUCAACAGCUAACCAGCAGGAGAUUACAGCAUUGGACAACAAGAUUCAUGAAACAAUUGAGUCCAUAAAUCAGCUAAAAAUACAACGUGAUUUCAUGCUGAGUUUCUCCAAAGAUCCCAAAGGAUACAUCCAAGACCUUCUGCGCUCCCAAAGUAGGGAUCUCAAGGUGAUGACUGAUGUAGUUGGAAACCCAGAGGAAGAACGCAGAGCUGAAUUUUAUCAUGAGCCAUGGUCUCAAGAGGCUGUGAGCAGAUAUUUCUACUGCAAGAUCCAGCAGCGCCGACAGGAAUUGGAACAAUCUCUGGGAGUGCGCAACACAUAAGUACUGCUCACAAGAUCCCAUUGGCAUCAUGACCACCAAACCAGUGGACUUUUCAGUGUUACUUAGCUCACUGUUACACAUGGACCUGCUUCCUGACUGGAUGAGAAUGUACCAUCAACACACCAGUCAAAACACCAGCUUUAGAGUGACCCUUGAAAAUCUUGCCCAUGGUGGGUGUCUCAGACCAUUCCAGGCCAGAGACAGCACCACACAAGUGUCAGUGUGAAAGAAGACUAAAGGUUCAUUCAUCAGUGCACAUCGUUAAGUUUUAGUGGAAAGUUCAGACACUGCACAGCAGAUCCUAAUGGGCUAUGCUUAAGAGUGGCACUGAUGGGGGAGGCUGAGAUAGGUGUUCUAGGAGAAUACAGAUUUAGAGGAAUAAAUGCAGUUCUCAUCCUAUGGUACCCAAGAGUCUCAAAUAGUAACUUCUCUGGAAUU